AGCAGGACUCUGAUCAGACUGCACUGAGCUGAUCUCUGCAACGGAACACUGAGCCCGAGCUGGGUGGCUGCACUGAUUACUAAGGGACGGAAAAAGACUGCACCCUCUCCUAAUCCUAGUACCAGCUCAGGGAGGGGUGACAGAAACUUUCUUGCUGCAUGCCCAUCCUGUGGUUAACAGCUGGAGUGACCCCUUGACUGACUGGUGCAGACACUGCACGCAGUCUUGGUGAGCACCCGCAUGCGGGUAGGUAUACUUUGAAAGGGGUCCUGGAAGAAUGGACAGGCUGCCAGCAGGUGCACAGCCUCACUAAGUUUGCUGCAGAGUCUAAUUGGGUCAAGGGACAGGGUUGGAUCUUCACCUGGCCACCGCACAGAUCUUCACCAGGUAUAUGGCUGGGACUAUGAGGUUCAAUGGCAAUUUGAAGCUGAAGAUAGGGGAGGCUGUGGGUUUGCAGGCCACCAGAUGGUCCCUGAGGCAUUCUGUGUUCAAGAAGGGCUCAUCGCUGCUGGAUCCCUACAUCACCAUCAAUGUGGACGAGUGCACCAUUGGGAAGACAACCAUCAAGCACAGGACUAACAAGCCCACCUAUAAUGAGGAGUUCUGUGUCACUAUAUGUGAGGGCAGCAAGAUGGAGGUGGCUGUGUUCCAUGACACCCCUAUAGGGUACGAUGACUUUGUGGCCAACUGCAGCAUCAGCUUCCACGAACUUAUAAGAAAAUGUGGACCCUCAGACUCUUUUGAAGGAUGGAUUGACUUGGAACCUGAAGGCAAAGUGUUUAUUGCGAUCACCCUUAUAGGGAGCUUUACAGAAGGAACAAUGCGUGAUGGGCGGCUUCUGAGGCACUUUACAAGGAAACGGCAGAGAGCCAUGAGGCGGAGGGUGCACCAGGUGAAUGGACACAAGUUUAUGGCAACUUACCUGCGACAACCAACCUACUGUUCCCACUGCAAAGAUUUCAUCUGGGGAGUGUUUGGCAAGCAGGGGUACCAGUGUCAAGUCUGCACGUGUGUGGUUCACAAGCGCUGCCACCAGCUGAUCGUGACGGCCUGCACAUGUGUGAACAACACAGCUAAAGUGGAAAAAAAGAUAUUUGAACAAAGAUUUGGGAUCAAUUUACCACACAAGUUCCGCGAUCACAAUUACAAAGUGCCAACAUUCUGCGACCACUGUGGAUCUCUGCUAUGGGGGUUGAUGAAACAAGGACUACAGUGUAAAAUAUGUAAAAUGAAUGUACACAAGCGCUGCGAGGCAAAUGUGGCAAAUAACUGUGGAGUGAACUCUGUGGAGCUGGCAAAUGCCUUGGCGGGGAUGGGUCUGCAGCCAGGAAACAUCGCAGUCACACGGUGUUCAGAUGGCAGCCCAAUACAAUCAGAAAUUGGUUCUGAGGAAGAUGCGCUUUCCAACAUGUCGCAGUACAAAUUUGGAAUUGAGGAUUUCAGCCUCAUUAGUGUGCUGGGAAAAGGCAGUUUUGGAAAGGUCAUGCUUGCGAAGUCUCGGGAUGGGGAUAACCUGUACGCAGUAAAGGUGUUAAAAAAGGAUGUGAUUCUUCAGGACGAUGAUGUUGAAUGCACCAUGACGGAAAAACGCAUCCUGUCUCUGGCGUCCAACCAUCCAUUCCUAACACAGCUCUUCUGCUGCUUCCAGACUCCGGACCGCUUAUUUUUUGUGAUGGAAUUUGUGAACGGUGGUGACUUGAUGUUUCACAUUCAGAAGUCUCGGCGGUUUGAUGAAGGCCGCGCCUGCUUCUACAGUGCAGAAAUCACCUCUGCCCUCAUGUUUCUUCAUGAGAAAGGUGUUAUUUACAGGGAUCUCAAGCUAGACAACGUUUUACUAGAUCAUGAAGGACACUGCAAGUUGGCCGAUUUUGGGAUGUGUAAAGAAGGCAUUCGUGAAGGAUGUACGACAUCGACAUUUUGUGGGACUCCAGAUUAUAUAGCACCAGAGAUUCUACAGGAAAUGCAGUAUGGACCCCUGGUGGACUGGUGGGCGAUGGGCGUUCUUCUCUAUGAGAUGCUUUGUGGCCAUGCCCCUUUUGAAGCAGAAAAUGAAGAUGACCUCUUUGAAGCUAUUUUGAAUGAUGAAGUUGCCUAUCCAGCGUGGCUGUCCCAGGAUGCUGUGGGAAUUCUGCAAGCUUUCAUGAAGAAGAAGCCCAGUAAGCGCCUAGGAAGCCUGGCCUUGGGGGGAGAGAAAGCCAUCCUUUGGCACCCGUUUUUCAAAGAUAUUAACUGGGACCAACUCAACAAGAAGGAAAUUGAGCCUCCAUUUAGGCCCAGAAUUAAAACUAGGGAGGAUGUGAGCAACUUCGACCCAGAGUUCAUUAAAGAGGAAGCAGUAUUAACCCCCAUUGAUGAGCGGUUGAUCCCAAUGAUUAAUCAGGAUGAGUUCAGGAACUUCUCAUACACAGCUCCGGAACCCCAGGGUGUUACAGAGGAUGGAAAUGCCCGUAUGCUGCAAUGAGCCAGAGUUUACCCUUGUCUCUGCAGAGUGAAAA